GCAUCCGGAGAGUAUACAACCUGGCUUAUGAAUGCAAAUAUAUGCUUUUUUCAUGGAGGCUUUCCGAUUUGUUUCCAAAACUACAAUGAUUUUGAAUCUGUUUCUGAACCAAAGACUCAAAUGUGGACCAAUGUAAUCAGAAGUUCUGUUAUCAGUUCUGAAAAGCAAAACAUUCAACUAAAAACUUUAGCUGAUGUCAGAAUGCGUCAUGGAUUUAUACGGAAGCAAGAUGAAUAUUUGGUAGUUGACUUUGCCAAAAGCAAGUCUGUGCGUAAACGAAUUGUCUGUGACAGUGACCAAGAUCAAAAUAAAUCCCAAGAAAAUCAAGGUUUGAUUGUUACAGUCAGCACCAUGACAGCAAUUAUCAGUGUAGUUGUUAUGACCCUUAUUGUCGCAGCGUUGACAGUAUUGCUGAUUAAAAAGCGGCGAACGAACCAAAGAACACGGCUGACAGAAGUUGGAUACGUACACGAACAAACAAACUAUAUAACACCUAUUUCUGAUGAAGCUGGAGAUGGGGCUUCCACAACAAUACAAAAUUAUGGCACAGGUGAAGUCGGAACACAAAAUUCACAAAAGAUUGUCUAUGAGUCACUGGGUGAAAGAAACGAUGAGGAACACGGCUAUGGAGCAGUAAAUACACAAAGGAGUGCUUAUGAGUCAUUAGGUGACAGACAUGAUAAGGAACACAGCUAUGGAACACCAAAUACACAUAGGAGUGCUUAUGAGUCUUUGGGUGACCGACAUGAUAAGGAACACGGUUAUGGAACACCAAACACACAAAGGAAUGCUUAUGAGUCAUUGGAUGAAAGGCAUGAUGAGGAACAUAGCUAUGGAGCAUCUGCCCAAGCAACAAGCGGAUUUUAUCAGCCAUCAGAAGAGAAGAAAGGGUGGACACACACAACUAGAAUAGCUGGACAGCCCAGGGAAUUAGUAUAUGACUCACUAGAAGAUAAAAUAAAUGAAACACACUGCGAUGAAACAUCAGACCAAACAGCUUAUGUGAAACCUUAUAAAUGGGUUUAAUAAACCUAAAAAUGUACGCAUGAAGGGAAUACAAUAUAAUUUUAUAUACUAUAGAUAUAUUAACCAAACAGCUUAUGUGAAACCUUACAUAUGUAUAUGCUCACUGUAAAGAAAAGGUUCUACCAUUCUGGUUUAAUCAGACCUUAAUCUUUAACCUAUUAACCAAACAAGAGAUUACACAGUGAUCUUGGCACCAUCCACUGAGCCAUUUUUGAAUGUUUCAAAUUUCAAACUGUAUAAUUGGGUUUAAUAAACCUAAAAAUGUACGCAUGAAGGGAAUACAAUACGAUUUUAUAUAAUAUAAAUAUAUUAAGUUAAAGCAAAUGAAUAUAGAUAUCUGUUCCAAGUACUCGUUGUAAAAUGUACGAAUUUAGACCAAUCCGAAAUAAUUUCUUUACUUCUAUAAUUCACAGCAUGCUUCUUUAGAUAGCACAAGGGUGCUAGGGUAUACAUAGGUAGAUUGAUGAUAGUGAGAUCAUUCUGUAUCAAACAAUUGAUGUAGGCACAUCGGGGAUUCAGCUAAUAAUUAAUCCAAGUACCUUGAUCGGAAUGUUAUAGCAGCUACAUUGUCAGGGCGAAUGAAUUAUAUGAAAGAAGGCAUUUGUCCUUCAUAGACGAAAGAAGAGUUGCAGUAUUGUAACUAGGUUCAAUCUUUCGGAACAGCGCAUUGAAGUAUACCUGAUGAGAGGGAUAUGUCUGUAAACAUGUAUAGGAGAUGAUAGAAAAAUAAAGGCAAAUGAACUGCUUUUGACAGAACCUCAAUGAAAAUAUUGCGUAGUCUUUUAUAUAAAAGGUUAUUACUUUGUAUCUUUAAUUAUGCAUCCUAAUCUAUACACUUACUGUUCGGCUUCAAGUCGCAAAUAUUCAGUUCGCGGUAUGCAUUCUUCAAGUGUGUCUAUCAUAAGUGAUGUUUAGGAAUAUUUAAGUUUUUAAGCGGCAUCGAUACUGUUUAGUUCCGAGCCAUGUGGAAUGUAUUUGAAAAAUAUGAGUUCAUUUCCUUAGUUUCUAUGUCGCAAAAUGUCACACAUAUACCGUUCCUACCAUUAAAGAGAAAGUCGAUCGUUUUGUAACGUUUUGCAGUCUGGUGAUAAUUUGACUGUCAGAUAUACAGUUGUUUCAUCUGUAAGAAGUCUGUGUUUUUUGCAUUUUAUGCAGGCAGUAAUGUCAUUAAUGUAGGGGAGAAAGAGACAAGGGCCAAAAACAGAGCCUUUAGACAGAUUGGGCAGGUAGACUGUCUGAAGUCCAGCCAUCUACUACAACACUUAAAGUAUUAGGCCCAUAAUAGAGUAUCUCCUUUUUGAAGAAUAUUCAAUUUCUACCAGAAACCUACUUU